GAAAUGAAAGCACUCAGCGCAAAAUGGCAGUGUAAAUUAUUUUAUUUACGAUGUACGUACCAUGUACAGUGUUAAAUAGUGUUUUUGAAUUCGGUAAAUUAAAUUUGCCUCCACUUACAUGCAAGAUCUGGUCGUUGUGAAUCGGACUAUUCAAAAAUUAUAUCUUAGACAGCGAAAACAGAGUAGAGCUUCGUUUUACGACAUAAAAUAGUUCGCAUUUUUGACAAUCAGACCGAAGAUUACCAAAAAUUUGAUUGAAUAAUCAUCGGCCACAUAAUAUUGAUUUUACAGUGUUUGUCUUAACUACUGAUUUUUGAAAUUUAAAUUACUUUUGAAACGAUUCGUUCUGAAUUGAUCUGCCUAGCACAAUGCAUGAGGCCAAAAGUAAAUCUACAACCAUUGAACUACUGCAAUGUUCGCUCUGUUCCCAAACAUUCAAAUAUCCGGCUGCUUUGAAGAAACACAGUCUCACACAUGUGCCGAAGGAACAUAUCUGCCGAAUAUGUAAUACAGCAUUUGAUUCGGAAUCUGAUGUCCGAACGCAUAAAGAAAACGUCCAUACGAAACUAUCAUGCAACAGCUGUCCGGCAACAUUUCCAAUGAAUGAGGAGGAAAAACUAUUAGCGCACAUGGAACGAAUGCAUAAUGGUAAAGAUCGAGAGAAUGCCAUCUGCGCCGAUUGUGGAUCACAGUUUAAAACUCAAAAUCAACUGAAAAUACAUAACAUGACUAAAUGUGGAACAGUGAAACAGUUUCAGUGCGAUCAAUGCGAUUCAAAGUUUAUGACUCAAAAUACUCUAAACGCACAUAAAAUGAUCCACCUUGGCGAGAAGAAACACCUCUGCAAUUUUUGUGGUAAAAGUUUUCUAAGCAAAGGACAACUAAAAGUCCACGAAAGGAGUCACACGCUGGAAAAACCGUUCCGUUGUGACGUGUGCGAUAAAGCGUUUUCCUAUCGGGAGAGUCUCGUUACCCAUUCGUCGCUACAUACUGGAAUCAAACCGUAUUUAUGUGAAGGAUGUGGAAGUCGUUUUUCGUGCAUCGGAAACCUGAUCAAACAUCGAAAAUCACGUCCGAAAACAUGCGGUCUACCUCAGUUUUGUAAAAAUACUAAAAUUGCUCCGAGAGCUAGUUCUAAAGUACCUGGAAGUCUGACAAUGAAAGUUUCCCCAAAACCUCCACGCCAGAAGAAACCUAGAAAGUCGGAAAUGUUUCCAGAAGAACACGAAACCGGCCAUAUCAAGGCAGAAUCGGAAGUGUCGACUCCGUCUGUAAUUAGGAAGACUAAAUUGGAGCAUAUGGAAAUUGAGAUUCAGUCUCCAGCAACCACCGCCGAUGGUCAACAUUUCAUUAUAGAUGAUAACAUUACGGUUGAAUCGAAUAUUGAAAUAGAGUUUAUCACAUCCGACGAUUUACUGCCCGGCGAAAUGGAAACCGAUGGAAUUGAAUAUGAGAAUUCGGAUAAAAAUUAUGAAAAUAAUUUCGGCGAUGAGUUAAGUUCGCAGCAAGGAGAAAAUGAUGAUUACGAUGGUCGAAACGAGACGUGGGAAAAUGAGACUUACGAUAAAUCCUGUGAAAGUGAUCAUCAAAUCAUUUAUGUGGAAAGUGAAUUGGUUGAGGAUAAGCCAGUCAUCAAGAGUUUGGUCGUUGAAGAAGACAACAAGAACAACAUAACUCUCAUCGACGACAUUCAAGUCGGCCGGUAUGCCGAAGAUUUGUCGCAUCAAUCUGAAAUCGAGGUUGAACACUACAACGCAUCUGAUGAAGGAGUACAAUCAAAUGAAUUAGAUGAGCCUGAGGAGCCCGAACAAUUCGAAUUGUAUGACGUUAAAUACGAAGAUGAUGAAGAGGCCGAAGAGGCAGAAGCUCAACAAACACAAGAGAUGAACACGACGUUGUACCGAUGUGAAUUAUGCCCGAAAAUGUACAUCCUCCAGGGAGCAUAUAAAACUCAUCUGAAAACUGAGCAUGGAAUGUUGAAAGUUCCAAAGGUAGAAGAAACGAUUACCAAGAAAAGCAAAGUGGCAAAACCCGAGGUGGUGUGUCAGUACUGCCAUAAGAAAUACACCAGUUCGAAUCUGUUGGAAAAACAUGAGAAAGUUCACGGCGAAAAUGGGACUCUAAUCUACAAAUGCUCUUGCUGUUCUAUGUGGUUUGCGUCAACAACAGAAUGUGAAAAUCACCAGAACGAACUUCACAAAGACAAGCUAUUUUGCAAGCCGUGCAAUAAAAUGUUCAAGGAACCAGAUAAUCUUGUCGCCCACAAUCGUUACUCGCACAGCAACGUCCCACAUUCGCCAAAGAAAUAUACAUUCGUUUGUCCGAAUUGCGGCCGUAACUUCUCAUCCAAAGUGGCAUUGUCAGAUCAUGAAAGAUCGAACUGUGGAAAUUCGCCCAUAUACAAGUGCAACGUUUGCCAUAAGAGUUAUCAUAGCGCUGGUUCCUUGAAAACGCAUUCAACUGUUCAUUCAGGCGAUCUACCACAUCUUUGCAAAUAUUGCGGAAAGGCCUUCCGCACUCAAGGUCAAGUAAAAAUUCACGAGCGCAAACACAACGGAAUUAAACCAUUCAAAUGUGAAUUCUGUGAGAAAACUUUUGCUUAUCGCGAGAGUUUGCUAACACACGUCUCCAUACAUACGGGACUGAAGCGUUUUAUGUGCCAGGCAUGUGGCAGUCGAUUUUCGUGUAUAUCGAAUUUACAAGCGCAUCGAAAGUCACAUAAAACAACGUGCGGCAUGACCCCGAAUGUAACCAAACCGGUGGGGCCAAUGGGUCUUGAAACUAUUUUUAAGAUAAGUGAUGUGUCAGAUAGUUAAGCUGAAAGCUCCUCACGAACAAGAUGCAAGAGUAAUCAUAUCAAGCAUAUGUUCUAGUGACCUCAAUCAAUAUUUUCAUAAAAUAUGAAUUGAAGAUGAAAUAAAACCAUACAAAUCUCUUGAUAUAUUUAAUUAGUUUUUAUAUUGCAAUAAAUGUGAUUGUAUACAAAUAACAUCGACGAGAAUAAAUGGUAAGAUGCAUCCGUUUUUGUAGACGAUCUCUCAAACAAUUA